GUGCUCACGGCGACACAUCAAAAUGCACAAGUGGCUGGGUAUCACUCACUCGGACUCUGAGGACGACUCGAGUUCGAGCGAUGACGACUUAAUUGACGCAACUUUCGAUGAGUCCAAACGUGUCAAGGCACAAGCGUAUGCCGACAACAUCGCGGCGCGGUCGUGGGGCCUCUCGCAUCGCGACAAAGCUGGGUUAUCCGGAGGCCAGCUCGCCUUGACGGCAGACGUAACAGUUCACUUCCAGGAAGAGUUGGGUCAGCAGCGCAGAGUAUGGGACUGCGCUUUAGUCGUAUCCAAGUUCCUCGCGAACCCGUUGUACUUUCCACCGGGCUCCUUCAAUGGCAAACAAAUCAUCGAAUUGGGAUGUGGAAUUGGCGUGCCUGGCUUGUCCGCUGCUCUACUCGGGGCCAAGCAAGUUGUGUUGACAGACAUGGCCCAAGCCAUUCCAUGGAUUGACAUUAACAUUGCCAAAAACACCUUUGAUGCUAACAUGACGACUGUUUCAUCGAUGCCAUUGAUGUGGGGCCCUGAUGCAACGACGUCGAUAGCUGGCCCGUUUGACGUGAUUCUGUGCUCGGAUUUGAUCUACGGAGACACGGAACUGGCCGACUUGCUCAUGGCGACCAUUCGAACCCUGUCACAUGUAAACACGUUGAUCGUGUUUGCCCACGAAGCGCGGUAUGCUGGCAACCAAGGCCGGUACUUCUUGGACUCGAUGGCCAAGUCCCAUGUCGUCACCAACAUCCCGUUCGACCAACUAGAUCCUGUCUAUCGAUCCACAAACAUACACGUGCACUUGAUUCGCUCGAGGUAGACGUUUAACGGUUGACUAACUGCAGGUGUGAUAUGCUCUUGUUUAUAUCUUCUACUAGAAUUCGUAAACACAAUUUGUUUACUGUUAGGCCUCAAAUAACUUUUACAUUU